CCCUGUCCAUCAAACGCCGACGCCUCUGAUUGGCCGCGUCGAGCUUUCUGCUCCAUUGUGUAGCUGUCUCCCAUCCUGCCUUUUCCCUUCGCCUGAUCUCGGACUGACCCAGUCUGGGCUUCGCCGUCCUGCGGUGGCUGCGCUUCACUUACUCACCGCUUUCUUUUUAAAAAAAGUGCCGUCGACGGCUUUCAGUCAGCAAUGGAUGACUUCGACAUGUUGAGCGCGCCGCAGCCCGAGGCCGGUAACGGCGUCGGGACUGAGGAGGACCCCGCCGCCGCUUUCCUGGCACAGCAGGAGAGCGAGAUCGCGGGCAUCGAGAACGACGAGGGCUUCAGCAUCCUGGACAGCGGGGAGGUCCCGUCAUCUUUCACCGACGGCCUGACGGAUGCCUUCGACAGUGCCGUUAACGGUGAAGUGCACGAGGCGAGCAACGGCCCCACUGAUGCUUACGCCGCGAUCUCCAGUGUCGACCGCCUGCAGUCUGAGCCGGAGAGCCUGCGCAAGUGGAGGGAGGAGCAGAAGGAGAGGCUGGAGGCUCUAGACGCCAACUCUCGCAAGCAGGAGGUGGAGUGGAAGGAGAAGGCCAAGCAGGAGCUGGAAGAGUGGCACCUGCGGCAAGAUGACCAGCUGGAGAAGACAAAAGCCAGUAACAGGGUGCUGGAUGAAGAUUUCUACAGGCAGCCCUUCUCUGAGCUGAUUGGUUAUGUGUAUGUCGCUAAACUAACACCCCUUUGCUUUCACACGCCCGUUAGAAGCAUCCCUCAUGAUUUAACAUCCUUAGUUUCCUCUUUCAGUUCGUCUUCCAUGUUUUAUUGAGUCUGGGCAAGGUUCUGUAAUGGAGAAAAAAAAGCAUAUGCAGUUUUCAGUAUCUCUGGACUGCUUGUUUCGUAAAGUUGUAAUUGUCUUAGUAAUUUCCAUUCACUAUAGGGGUUUUUAAUCAUAAUUAACGAGUAAAGCUGCACGACACUCUUUGAAAGAUCCUUUGCAUCAGUAAAUCAGGAAAAACACACACACACACGACACCUUUCCCUUCCAGAAAACCAGUUUUCAUUCAUGGUUGUCCAGUUGUCAUUUUAGUUGGAUCAUAUAUUUUCAUUUCGUGAUUUGUGUACAUUAAUUGUCAUGGUCCUUCGUGUUUAUCAGGAUAUGUGAGUGACAGUGACUGAGUAUUAGUUUUAGUCUCCAUCCAUUGUGAAGAAUGACCUUAAUCUCCUAGUAUGUCAUGUAUGUGUAGGCAAGAAUGCCUAUCAACUCUCUGAAAAGAAAAAAGAAAAGAAAAACGUAAUUAGACAUGUAUCUGUAAUUUGACAAAUGUUUGUCUGAAUCAGUCACAUUGUCCUGUUUGAAGCAACAGUGUCUCCAGGGGAGGUUUAAGUCAUGAGAAAACAUCCCUGCUGUUGUCAGGACUAUUAGCUUAAUAAAUAUUCUUAGUUUAUGGAAUUGCUGCUACCUGUUAUGCGAAGCGGGUGUUUGGUGGCAUUCGGUUUCGCAGUCUGCUGACGCGAAACCCGCCUUGCCGUUAAUGUUUACCGAUACAGCCAAUGAGGCCCGAGAUCCGUCACUGCAGGUUCUGAUUGGGUGCCCUGACUUAGACCUGGAUACACAGUUGCCUCAAGCACACAAUACGCAGUUUAGUCGUAGCUCUGCUUCCGGUAUAUCGUACUGCUGCCUGAUUUUCCCCCCCCCCGCCCCGGCUUCGUGCUGUAGCCCUCAUAUCCUUCCCCGAGCUGCUUGGUGCCGGGUCGAUGCCCGUUUGGCUCCUGUGCUCGCUGGACGCCCUCCGACCGGCCCCAGCUCGUGUGACGGCUGCACACUAGGCCCCAUCGGCACGGUCUCCCAAAUGCAUGUCAGGCUUUUGUCAUCUGCAUAAAGCUUAUUUAUUUUCAUUUCUCUAUAUCUGACUUCUGAUCUGUUUCUCCUUUUUUCCUUUCUACGCACCUUUAAGCACACACAUUAAUCAUCCUUGCUACCGCCUAGACCAGUUAAGUAAAAAAACAAAAAGAAAAAACAAGAAGGAAAUUUAAGUAAUGAAGACUCCAGAGAUAUUUAAUGUUCUGCUCACUGCCAGAUUAGACAUUUGGUGUCACCUUGUGACAGUGUAUUAGUCUGCUGGUUCUGUGCUCACCUGUAGUCUUGUGACUUACUCUCAGCACUGGCUUAUCAUCUCCAUUUUGCUGUGCGUGUUUGUGUCCUUAUUAGUACAGAGUGCUUUUUAAAACUAGGGCAGGAAUUAGCCAAUGGCAGUGUGGAGUCUUCCUGUUGCCGGGUUAGGGUGGGCAGAAUGGGCGGAGCUACGUUGGGUGGUGAUGUUCUGAUUGUAGUUCUGUGGCUCGGUGUUCAAGUUUGGCCGGGGUGGGGGGGGGAUAGAAAGAGACUCCACCAUUCCCGACCCCUUCCAUGUUGGGUUGCGUUUUGGCUGGCCUUUGUUCUGAUUGGACAGGUAAGGAGAUUCUUAGCCUGAGGAUUUGCUUGUAUCAGGGACCACGCUGACCUUUAAUUGCUUCAGGGCCGGAGGAGCCUUGGGGGGGGGGGGGCUAUUUACCGUCAGCAGCAUGAUGAGCUUGGCUACCGGGGGGCUUAUCGGUGGUUAAAGCCUAACUUGCUACGACACGCUCUCUUCCGCAGUUUAUAGAUCUGUAGAAUAUUCCGUGGGUAACUUCCCUCGCAAUAUUCUAGGAGAAGGCAAGUUAGGUGCCUGUUUUUUUUUUAUUUUUUAUUUUUAACCACCUGAACUGCCGUGAAGCAGAAGUAAAGACCGCGGCAGCUUGUCGUCUUGAAGCUCAUUUACGGUCCCGCUUAACACCGUGACACGAUGUUCAUCAGACAGCCAUUUUGACUGCGAGUGACAUUUUUGUCUCGCUUCAAAAAUACCUGCGGGUCACCUGUUUUUAAUGUGGUUACCUGUAGUUCCCCCCCCCCCUGUAGAUGGGGAUGUGGAGUCUUUUGUUUGGGACGCUCACUGCCUACCUGUCCACCCAAGGUGUAAAGGCCCCCCUUAAAAUAUUCAAGAAACCACAUAAGCAGAUAAAACAAAUUUAAAGCCAGUUGCAGAUGGGCUGUCGCUUCAGGUAUAUCAGCCCAGAUCUGUGAUGUUUGAGCUUCAUGAGGCUCGGAAGUUGGGAGAUGAGUUGGGUCAGUCAGGCAGACAUGCCUCUGCUUUGGUGCUGUACGGUGCUGAUGGUUCUGGGUGGACAGGGAGGGGUCAGUCUCCCUGGGUUUGGUUUCCACGACUCCCGCUGAUCCCC